UUGAAGGUAAUUGAUGCAAAACCGACACGCAAUCGUACUGCCACGGAAUUGCUGGCUGAUUUUCUUUCUGGUGCCAUUCUCGGUGCAACGAUUUCAACAGUUUUCUUCCCGAUGAAUGUCGUUAAAAAUCACAUGCAAAGCAAGGUGGGCGUGGCAUAUGAAAAUCCCAUCAAAGUCUUCUUUGAAGUAUGGCAUGAGCGGGAAAGAUCACUACGAGGACUAUACCUUGGGGUUCAUCUGAACUUCACUCGAUCACUGCUAGCAUGGGGUAUAAUCAAUACUGUCUACGAGCUCCUUCGUCGAACAUUCAAACCUUUGGAGGACGGAUAG